UGAAAUAACACAGGUCAAUACGCAUGUCUACUUCCGGGUUCGCUGUAAAGAAUGGCGGAAGCUGAAUUCAGAUGCGUCGAGUGUAACGAAAAGGCAACGGAGCUACACCGAGAUUACAGCAACGGGAUCUUGAAGAUCACAUUAUGCGGGUCCUGCCAGAAGCCAGUGGACAAGUACAUCGAAUACGAUCCGGUCAUCAUCCUGAUCGACGCCAUCUUGUGCAAGACGCAGGCCUUCAGGCACAUUUUGUUCAACACGAGCUUGGAUAUCCACUGGAAGCUGUGCGUGUUCUGCCUGCUGUGCGAGGCCUAUCUCAGGUGGUCGCUACGGCGCAGCCCGGAGCCCAGCGGCGACCCCGCUGACAUCAUCAGGUACGCCAAGGAGUUGGAAUUCUACGGCAUGGUGGCCUUGGCAGCGCUGGAGCUGUUGGCGUUCUGCGGCGGCGUGCUGUCGGUCCUGCGGGCGGCGUCCCGUCUCCGCGGCGACGGCGUGGAUCUCCGUCUCCUCCUGCGAGCGCUGCUGCUGUCGUGCUACGGCAAAGUCCUCCUGGUGCCCGCCGUCAUCUGGGAGCACGACUUCCUGCCGCUCUGCCUCGGCUUCAUCAAACUCUUCGUGCUCACCUCCAACACGCAGGCCGUCCGAGUGAUCCUAAACUGCAGAAGGCGCUUGGCAUUCUGGGCCGUGUGCGUGGGCCUGCUGUCGGAGACGCUCGCGGCGCGGACGUGUCAAACCGUAGCGGCUGCUAUCCAGAAAGGGGCCGUGUUUGAUUGAAACGACUUAAUUUUUGUUGAAAAUUUUUUUAAAAUACUUGUACAAAAGCCGAAUUAUGAUAUUUUGUGUUUUUGUAUUUAAUGAAUGAGCUGAGCGCUGAUUUCAAAUGCAACUUUGAGUGACAUUUACAAAUAAAAGGCCCAUCGUGUC